GUCACACAAGGAUAGAUUUAUACAUUUACAUUAUUAACUGUUACAUAUUUAAAUAUUUAUGCAUGUUGUCACUGAAGUGAACUUUAAGGAAAUGCGUCGUUCUAUGAAGCUGUCGUUUAAUGUAGAUCUUUUCAGUUAAAACCGCAGCGCGCGUGAGCUGCUCCACCUGCUCGCGACAUCUGCUCAGGUAACGACUCGCGACACGGUCAGGUCAGGCUUCUGAUUAAUAUCAAGAAAUAUGAGCUAAUUUAAAUUUGCGAUGCCUCGUCACUAAGGAGUGAUAAAAUAUAAUUUCAUGUAAAUUCCUGAGAAUAAGGAGAAAACGGAAACUGUUGAGUAGCCGUGAACAUGGAUGCGGCACCGAAAGAUGGGGCCGGCAUGGCUGGGUCUGAUCCCAGCAAGACAGACACUCUCAACUCAACAGGUUCUGCAGGGCAAAAGAGAGCUGGAGGAGCCAAGAAGCACACACAAGCAAACAAGUCGGCCCUGCGUGCACCCAGAGCUCUCUGCUGCCUCACUCUCAGCAACCCUAUACGAAUGGCUGCACUGGCGCUAGUGGAGUGGAAAUAUCCUUUUCCCCAAUGUCCCUUUGAUAUAUUUAUUUUGCUGGCCAUCUUUGCAAAUUGUGUUGCACUUGGUGUGUCCAAACCAUUUCCUGAAGAUGACUCCAAUGCCACCAACCACAAUCUGGAACAAGUGGAGUAUGUGUUUCUGGUAAUUUUCACCAUUGAAACAUUCACAAAGAUUCUAGCGUAUGGUCUGGUCAUGCACCCCAGCGCCUACAUCCGAAGUGGCUGGAACUUGCUGGAUUUCGUCAUUGUCAUUGUCGGUCUUUUCAGUGUGAUAGCUGAAAUGGGAGAACACAAACCAGGAGAGUCCCAUCAUGCAGCAGGUAAACCUGGUGGUUUAGAUGUCAAAGCCUUGAGAGCUUUCAGAGUACUGCGACCCCUUCGCCUGGUGUCCGGUGUACCAAGUCUGCAGAUUGUGUUGAACUCCAUCAUGAAGGCAAUGGUGCCUUUGCUUCACAUCGGUCUGCUGGUCAUGUUUGUCAUCAUCAUUUAUGCUAUUAUUGGACUGGAGCUCUUUAUCGGAAAGAUGCACAAGACCUGCUUUUAUGUUGGCACAGAACUAAUGGUGGAUGAUGACCCGACACCAUGUGCCUUUGCGGCUAACGGGCGUUUCUGUGAUGGGAAUAACACAGUGUGCCGGGGAGGAUGGGAGGGGCCCAACGGAGGCAUCACCAACUUUGACAACAUCUUCUUUGCCAUGCUCACUGUGUUCCAGUGCAUUACGAUGGAGGGCUGGACAGAUGUGCUCUACUGGAUGAAUGAUUCCAUUGGAUUUGAGCUGCCGUGGAUUUAUUUCGUGUCUCUGGUCAUUUUUGGGUCCUUCUUUGUCCUCAAUCUUGUGUUGGGUGUGUUAAGUGGUGAGUUCUCUAAAGAGAGAGAGAAAGCAGUGUGUCGUGGUGAACUGCAGAAGGCCCAGGAGAAACAGCAGAUGGAGGAGGAUAUGAUCGGAUACAUGGACUGGCUUAUUGAAGCAGAAGACAUGGACGAGGAUGGGAAUAAACGUGCUGUUGUUGCCAAGAAAAAGAUGAUGAAGAAAUAUGGCUGGUAUAAACACAGUGAAGAUGGAGAAUCAGAUUCAGACUCAGAGUUUGAAGCAUUCUUGGAUGAUGACAAUGGCUGCUGUGCUUCCAUAAUGGCACGGCUGAUGGCUAUAAGUUUCUGUGAGCAGCUGUACCAUUUGAAUCUGGUCAUUAGGAAGAACUGCCGUGUGGCUGUCAAAUCCACCAAUUUCUAUUGGCUGGUGCUGCUGCUGGUGUUUCUCAACACUGCAGCCAGUGCCUCGGAACACUAUGGCCAGCCCAAGUGGCUCACUGACAUACAAGAACGAGCAAAUAAGAUCCUACUGGCUCUGUUCACACUGGAGAUGCUGAUGAAGAUCUACAGCUUCGGGUUCCAGAUCUACUUCAUGGCACUCUUCAACCGUUUUGAUUGCUUUGUGGUGUGUGGUGGUAUUCUGGAGACAGUAUUGGUGGAGCUAGAGUUUAUCCCACCCAUCGGAAUCUCUGUGUUGCGCUGUGUCCGUCUGCUCCGUAUUUUCAAAGUUACACGACACUGGUCUGCACUCUCAGAUCUGGUGGGCUCUUUGUUGAACUCUAUGAAAGCCAUUUGCUCCCUGUUGCUGCUACUCUUUCUCUUCCUCAUCAUCUUUGCUCUGCUGGGCAUGCAGCUCUUUGGUGGAAAGUUUAAUUUUGAUGAGACCCAGAUGAAAAGAAGCACCUUCGACACUUUUCCAUCUGCCCUGCUCACCUGUUUCCAGAUCCUAACUGGAGAGGACUGGAACUCUGUGAUGUAUGAUGGCAUCAUGGCAUAUGGUGGACCGGUGUUUCCCAAUAUGAUUGUCUGUAUUUACUUUGUCAUCCUUUUCGUCUGUGGUAACUACAUCUUGCUUAAUGUCUUCUUGGCUAUCGCUGUCGACAACUUAGCCGGAGAUGGGGGCAAAAAGAAAAAAGAAGAGAAAAAAGAAGAGGAAGAGGAAUGGGAAGAUGAUGAAGGAAGAGAGGAAGAUGAUGCUGGAAAUGACAUGGAUGACUGGGAAGAGAAUGAAGAGUUGAGAGCAAUUGAAGGGCUUGAGGGUAUAGGCACACCUCUAAAAGUUGAAAGUUUUCAACCCAAAGAGAAAAUCGUCCCUAUUCCUGAUGGAAGCUCCUUUUUCAUCCUCGGAAAGAAAAACUGUCUCAGAGUGGCCUGCCACAACCUCAUUCACCAUCAUUACUUCACCAACAUCAUCCUCGUCUUCAUCAUAUUUAGUAGUUUUUCAUUGGCUGCUGAAGAUCCAAUCAAAACUCAUUCUGUCAGGAACAUUAUGUUGGGUUAUGCUGAUUAUGUCUUUACCACCGUCUUCACCAUUGAGAUCAUGUUGAAGGUGACGGUGUAUGGAGCUUUCCUUCAUCAAGGUUCCUUCUGCAGAAACGCCUUCAACCUUCUGGACCUUCUCGUCGUCAGCGUGUCCCUUACCUCCUUCUUCUUGCAUUCGAGUGCUAUUUCUGUGGUGAAGAUUCUGCGAGUGCUGCGGGUGCUCAGGCCUCUUCGAGCCAUCAACAGGGCAAAGGGACUCAAGAGUGUGAUUCAGUGCGUGUUUGUGGCUAUCCGCACUAUCGGCAACAUCCUCAUUGUCACCACACUCCUCCAGUUCAUGUUUGCUUGCAUCGGUGUGCAGCUUUUCAAGGGCCGAUUCUACAGAUGCACUGAUGAGGCUAGACACACACCUGAAGAUUGCAAGGGCAUGUUUGUGGUGUUUAAAGAUGGUGAUAUGAACCAUCCAAUGGUGAGAGAGAGAGUUUGGGAGAACAGUGACUUUAACUUUGACAAUGUGCUGAUGGGCAUGCUCGCACUCUUCACCGUCUCUACUUUUGAGGGCUGGCCACAGCUCUUGUACAAAUCCAUCGAUGCUAAUGCAGAGAACAGAGGGCCCAUCUAUAACUAUCGUGUGGAGAUCUCCAUUUUCUUCAUCAUCUACAUAAUCAUCAUCGCCUUCUUUAUGAUGAACAUCUUUGUGGGUUUUGUCAUUAUUACCUUCCGUGAACAAGGAGAGGCCGAGUUCAAAAACUGUGAACUAAACAAAAAUCAAAGACAGUGUGUCUAUUAUGCAUUGAAAGCUCAACCUAUAAAGAUUUACAUACCCAAAAACCCCUCUCAACUCAAAUUCUGGAGGAUCAUCAAUUCCUCUCAGUUUGAGUACAUCAUGUUUUUGCUCAUUCUGCUCAACACGCUGACACUGGCUGUACAGCACUACGAGCAGUCAAAACUCUUCAACUUUGUGAUGGACAUCUUAAACAUGAUCUUCACCACACUCUUCACUGUUGAGAUGAUCAUCAAACUUCUCGCUCUGAGACCUUACCACUAUUUUAUAGAUGCCUGGAACUCUUUUGAUGCGUUGAUAGUGGUGGGAAGUUUGGUGGACAUCAUGAUCGCAGAGCUUAGUGGUGGAGGAGGCCAUGGUGAGGGGAAAGAGGGUGAGGGUGCCAAAGUGUCCAUCACUUUCUUUCGUCUAUUCCGAGUUAUGCGACUGGUCAAGCUGCUCAGUAAGGGUGAGGGCAUUCGGACUCUCCUUUGGACCUUUGUCAAAUCACUACAGGCCUUGCCAUACGUCGGUCUACUCAUUGCGAUGAUCUUUUUCAUCUAUGGUGUGAUUGGAAUGCAGACAUUUGGGAAGAUAGCUGUAGACGACAACACUGAGCUCAGUCGGAACAACAAUUUCCAGACAUUUUUCAUGGCUGUGCUGCUACUCUUCAGGUGUGCGACGGGUGAGCAGUGGCAGGAGAUCAUGCUUGCAGCAUUGCCGGGGCGACGGUGCGACCCAGAGUCAGACUAUGAGCCAGGAGAGGAGUACAGCUGUGGCAGCAACCUGGCAUACCUCUAUUUCAUCAGUUUCUUUGCACUCUGCGCUUUCUUGAUCAUUAACUUGUUCAUCGCUGUCAUCAUGGAUAACUUUGAGUAUCUGACCAGGGACUGGACUGUACUGGGCACCCAUCACCUAGAUGAGUUUAAACGAGUCUGGUCAGAUUACGACCCAGAGGCCACGGGACGGAUUAAACAUCUGGAUGUAGUCACCAUGUUGCGCAGAAUUCAGCCGCCACUGGGCUUUGGGAAACUCUGUCCUCAUCGCGUAGCCUGUAAGAGACUGGUUGCUAUGAAUGUUCCACUCUAUCCUGAUGGCACUGUGUCCUUUAACGCCACCUUGUUUGCUCUUGUCAGAACUUCACUCAAGAUUAAGACUGAUGGACCCAUCGACCAGCAGAACGAGGAGCUGAAAGCGAUCAUUAAGAAGAUCUGGAAACGCACCAAACCCAAACUACUAGAUGAAGUUAUACCUCCCCCUGCAGGAAAUGAGGUGACUGCAGGAAAGUUCUAUGCCAGUUUCCUGAUUCAGGACUACUUCAAGAAGUUUCGCAAGCGAAAGGAGAAGGAGAGGAAGAAGAAAGGCAAGGACAAGUCAGCCUCUCUCCAGGCUGGGUUACGUACACUACAGGACCUGGCUCCAGAAAUGCGGCUGGCCAUGGCAAUGGAGGAGGAAGAAGGGCUGGAGGGGGAGAUGAUGGACGAAGAAGAGUUCUUCAGGAGUGACAGCGUCUUUAGUGAUGGUCCUCUCACCCCUGUCAUGUUGACCCCCGGAAGCACCCCUCUGCCCCCCCACCUGGAUGACACCACAGUGAGCAUUGAGCCUCCUCCUAAAACACGAAAUGGGAGCUUAAUGCUGGAGGAGGCCCUGCUGGACUCCCGUCCGGCCUCUGCGUUAUCAGAGAAUGAAGUGGUAGUUGAACAGCCUCAGAGGCUGGCUCCCCUGCCCAAAAGGAAUGACACUACACAAGCAUGUAGCUAUCUUCCUUCUCCAUCUCUGGAUGGAGGGAUGCAAACUGGAGUCACAGAGGUAGGAGGAGUCACAGAAGAACUCAAAGGAGGAGUCAUCACAGGAGGGGAAGUCACAGGCGGAACUGUCACAGGCGGAACUGUCACAGGCGGAACUGUCACAGGCGGAACUGUCACAGGCGGAACUGUCACAGGCGGAACUGUCACAGGAGGAGAAGUCUCAGGGGGAGAAGUCACAGGAGGAGACGCAGGGGGAGUAGGAGUGGAGGCAGUAUACCCUGCAGAGCAAGCCAAUGUCAGUAAGGAGGACACUCAGAGUGCUGCAUCAUUUGAUAGUCAAUGGUAUCCAGAGGUUCCUUCAUCACAAACACCAGCUUUCAAUGGGGCAAGUGAAGUUGUGGCCCCAGUUGAGCCAAGUAACAUCAACAGCAACAGUUAUAGAGGCAACAGCCAAGAUGCUGGUAGCUACCAUGGAAAUGAUUACCGUGGAAAUGGCUACAAUGGGAACGGUGCCAAUGGGACUGGUUAUCCUGGUAACCGUUACAACAGCAAUGGCUAUAGCAGCAAUGGCUACAAUGGAAAUGGAUACAAUAGUAAUGGAUACAGUGACAAUGGAUACAACGGUAAUGAAUACAAUGGAAAUGGUUUUGCUGCACGCCGACGCAUGCUUCCCCCAACUCCCGCAGGCCGAAAGCCGAACUUUAACAUCCAGUGUUUGGGGAGGCAGGGCAGUAAUGAUGAAGAUCUCCCAAUUCCAGGCACCUACCACCAAAAUUCUCCACCCUACAGAGCACGCAUUCAGACACACAACAGUUUCGACUCACGACGAAGCAGCAUUUCAUCUGAGGUUUCUUCUGCCUCUUGGGCGAACAACCAGGCCAGACGGGGUCGGCUCCUCUAUGCCCCCUUCAUUCUGGUGGACGAGAUGGGGGGCACUCAGGCUAUGUGGGGUGAUGGCACAAAUGGCAGCGCCACCCUGCCGGCAUCAGCCCGUCCCGGGUGGUUUGCGAGUGGAAUGGCAGGUGCAGCUCAGCAGCCUCGGGCAUGCACCACACUCAGAUUGCCCUCUCAACAAAGUUCUGGAUACAUAGAGAAAGGAAGUGCUGACAGCCUUGUGGAAUCAAUCCUGAUAUCCGAAGGCUUGGGUCUCUACGCCAAAGACCCCAAAUUUGUUGACUUUGCAAAGCGAGAAAUUGCAGAUGCCUGUCACAUGACCAUUGACGAAAUGGAGAGCGCUGCAACUGACCUGCUGAGUCGAGGAAGUGCAGGGCAACCAAUUACACGCUUUGAGGAGGAUUUAUCUGAUGAGAUGAAUUGUGUUAUAUCAUACUAAUGGCUUUGAGUUUGUUUGGGGGGGGGGUGUGUAUGGGCCUAAAAACAGAAUAGAAAUGGCCAUCACAAACUCUACUAUAUUCACCUCUUCAUAUUCAGUUAAGAUGGGCAUAGUUAUACACCUAAUAUAGUCCUCAUCGUGCAGAUUCAAGUAUCUGUAAAAGGAACAUGUGACCACAUUGGCCUGUAUUUACCCCAAUAUGUUUGCACAUCAGUUUAGUUAAGAGCCUUACUAAAUCACAAUAAGAGCCUAAUCUCUGAUGAUGAGUCUGAAGUGAUUUCUGAAAAGGUGUUAAUGCAUGACUUUAUGUGGCAUUAUAAAGGCAGAAUCCUCCUGUGAACUAAAUGUGGUGACAGACUUGGGGGGCCUCUGCAGCUUGGAAUCAAGGAAUCAUUGUAGUAAAAUAGAGAUGAAUUACUUGGAUGGUGUGAUGGUAUUUGAUGUUAUGAGAAAAUCUGUUCCCCUAUUUGGGAAAAAACUUCCAGCAUAUUUAUGUUAGCUAGUACUUAUACUUGCAGAAGUCUUUUUUAAUAUAAUUUAGCUUAUAAAUUACACAAUAAACAACCAAUAACUCCUUUGAAAGGUAUGGUUAUUGCUACGCUAUAGUGCUAAACAUUUGGGUCAUUUUUUUACUUCCAAUGUACAGUAUAUAAGCAUCAGUCUUUUCCCACAAGACAAAAUUCUGUUCUUUUGACUAGUUCAGUAUGUGGAUAUAGCAUAAUUUACACUAACACUGCUACCAUAUGCUCUAUACAGUCUUAUAAAACAUAAUAAACAACUGUACUCAUGAAAUAUGAAUCAAUGAUGCUGUAGUAUUUGAGUUGUUGUACAGUGUUAUGCCCAAUAUGGUAAAAGUUGUAUUAUUGUGA